UCAUAUUCUGAUGCAAAUUCCAAAAGGCAAAUUGGGAACAUCCCACCCACCAAAAUCAAAAAGAUACAACAAAAACAAAUCCCCUAAAUUCCAGCUCCGGCCACCGCCACCGCCACCACCGUCACCGUUCUCCGAUGGGUACCUUUCAACCAGCGGAGGAGAGGGAAAUGGAGAGAAGAAAGGAAGAGGAGAGAGAGGAAAAUGGGAGUCAAUUACCAGAAGAUCUAGAAAAAGGGGGAAGAGUAGGUGUUCUACCAGAGCAAGCGAUGGAAAGGGACAUCAAAAACACCAAUAAUCAAGGCGAUAUGCACGCCGCAAUGUUGCAUAGAUUAAACCCAACAAACCCUUUGAGAAUCAUCCUCAACGGUGGUGUUAGAGUAGCCACUCCUUCUCCUCAGCCCUCCUCCAGUGGCCCUUCCGGCCACCAUCGCCACCAACACCAUCAGUCCCCUGUUCCUCGCUCAAUUUCAACUCCACAGCAACCUGCAGUGAUUAAUCUGAACUCAAAAGCAUACACAGAUAAACUAUAUCUGUUCCUGUUUGUCCUGCACUUGAUUUUGGCUGUUGGGCUUGUGGGGUUCCUUGUUUUCAAGGGAAUUCAUGGCCUGUUAUAUGCAUCAGAGUCUAUAAAGAGAAAAGAGAGAAGGAUUCUUCAGUACUUCCUUCCACAAGUUGAGGUUGCAUCUCUGUUGAGUAUUAGUCUUGCAUUUGCUUGGCAAAAGGCUGUGAGGUUAUGGCCUAAAUUCAUGGUUCAUUUCAUUCUAUGGUGUUCUUUUGCUAUGUCUUUAUCAGCUGGAAUCCUGCUAGUUUGCUUCCAAAUGCCUGCCACCGAAGGUGUAGGAGUCUGUUUUCUUGUUUUUGCCAUUGGUAAUGGUUUAUAUGCCUGCUGGGUUUCACAGAGAAUAGGCUUUUGUUCAAAGGUUUUCAUCAAAUCGCUCGAACCCGUCGAGAAAUUCCCCGAUUUGAAUCAACCGACGUAUUGGAUGCUCGGGGCUGGCUUUCUUUGGAUGUCUAUAUGGAUUUUGGCUGUCAUUGGUGCAUUGAACUUUUAUUUUCCCCCUUUGACUAUAAUCGUUUUAGUUCUUAGCUUGGCUUGGACUGCUGAAGUGAUGAGAAAUGUUGCUAAUAUAACUGUUAGUAGAGUGAUAUCUCUGUAUUAUCUUAGAGGAAUGCAAAGCAAUACUCAAUUUUGCCUCCAAAGAGCUUUAACUAGAAACUUAGGAAGUGCUUCUCUUGGUUCUCUCUUUGUGCCUACCAUUGAAGCUCUUCGAAUCCUCGCUCGAGGUCUAAAUUUGCUCGAGGGGGAAGACGAGUUCAUGUUUUCUUGUGCUCAUUGCUGUCUUCAUGUCAUGAACUCGAUCUUUCGACGAGGCAAUAGUUGGGCUUUCGUGCAGAUAGCUUCAUAUGGAAGAGAUUUCGUGCGAGCGUCACAAGACACUUGGAAACUUUUCGAGAUGAAUGACAUGGUACCGAUCGUCGACUCAGAUAUAACGAGCUCAAUAUGCUUCCUCACCGGAGUUUGUAGUGGCUCUAUUUGUGUCAUUGUUAUAUCGAGCUGGACGUUUACAGUGCACGGUGGCUUCACCGCUACCAUUUCCUUGCUAAGCUUCUUAGUUGGAUAUCUAAUGACAAGGAUUGCAAUGGCACUGCCCCAUGCUUGUGUGAGUUGCUAUUAUGUAUGUUAUGCAGAAAAUCCCGAGGGUCAACUCUUCGACGGGACGAUCAAAGAUCGUCAAACAUUACUAAAGUUGAACCGAGAGGUCGUUACGACGACGCCCCGUAUGCCCCAUCAAAGUAAGACGUGAUCAGUCUGAUCGAAGCUAACUGAUUUUCGACCCCGAAAUGCGUUCGGAAUGUAACUUCGAAACGCUACUCCCCAUUCUAAGCUUCAUAGUUUCAAAUUGUAAAUAUGCAUUUUGGGUAGGAAUUGGGAUAUUCUGAAGCAUAACAAAAAGUGGUCACCCCUUUGUAUUGGGUCACUUUUCACUCUCAUCUUGAACCUACCAUUAUUUUAUUUAAGUGUAUCCAUUUGUAACAA